UUGUUGCACCAAAGCAAACAGAGAGAUCGAGAGAGAGAAAGAAAGAAAAAAUGGCCAAGGCCACCGGAGUUCUCCUCGUCGCACUCCUGUGCUCGAUGAUGCUUGUUUUGCCGGCGGUUCAAGGCAUAGCUUUCGAUCCGAAAUCGGUGGAGGAGUGGUUCGACAAACUGAGCCACAAGAGGGAGAAGCUCACCAGGCUUCACUUCUACAUCCACAACAUACUGAGCGGGGAACAACCAACCGCCGUAAAAGUAGUCCUGCCCAAGAGCUCCGGAAACUUCGACUUCGGCCUCAUCGAGAUGUUCGACGAUCCGAUGACGCUCGGCCCGGAGCUCGACUCCACGACGAUCGGCCAACUCCAGGGCAGCUUCAGCUCCGCCGGCAUCAAGGAAAUGAGCCUCGUCAACACCUUCAUCCUCAACUUCAAAGGCGGCGAGUACCACGGCAGCACGCUCAUCCUGCUCGGCCGCAACGGGCCGUACUACCCCUUCCGCGAGCUAUCCGUCGUCGGGGGCACCGGUGUUUUCCGUCUGGCAAGAGGAAUCGCCACCGUCAAUACCUACCGGAUUGACAACGUCACGGCGGACGGUACCGCAGAGUACCAUAUGAACGUGCUCCACUACGAGUGAUGGAAUUUUACCUGACAAAAAUAAUUCGCCGGUGGCUGAUUUAGUCCUUUUGGGUGUUGUACUUUGGAAGGUUAGAGUUUUUUCAGUUUAGGUCUGCCAAAAUUCCGGUUGCCAGUAAUAUUGCGACAUCUUGAUGAGAUCUUCUCCUUAUUGAAAGCAAUUUGUUCUGUCCUUGUUUUUGGUAAUUGGUAUAUCAUUCACUUUUGUCCAUGCCUUCA